AUGAACUGGGUGGCAUGGGAUAGAACUAUUGCUCCGGAAGAAUACGGGGGGUUGGGUUUUGGUUCGUUAAGAGAUGCAAAUCUAGCAAUGUUGGCAAAGUGGUGGUGGAGGUUCAAAACGGAAAAAGAUGGUUUGUGGAGGCGAGUGGUUUGGGCAAUACAUCAUAAUUCGAGAGGGUGGAAAGACAUCCCAACAAAGGUUUCUAUACCUGGGCCGUGGAAAAGUAUCACAAGCAUCCGUAGCAUACUACUACAAGCCGGGUUGGAUCUGGAAAAGGCGACAUCAGCUGAGUUGGUUAACGGGAAAAAUAUAUGUUUUUGGUUAGACUGCUGGGCCGGUAAUGAACCGCUUUACGUAAUGUUUCCAGAACUAUUCAGAGCUGAAAAACAUAAAGAAUGUUUGGUUCAAGAUCGGCUGGCAACGAAUGGGCCGAAUCUGAUCUUCAGUUGGGCCUGGCUAACACCGGAACUAGGUGUUAUUGAAGCGGAUCAACUAAACCAAGUUGUGGGCCUGAUUUGCGGUUCUAGUGGGCUGAACAUGUCAUCUGGAAUGGAUAGAUGGCAGUGGACUUUAGAUGGUGGUGGAAGUUUCAGUGUAGCAAGUAUAAAAAAAACUCUAAGCUCGGUUAAUCGUGUGCGCCCCGGUAAAGCGUUUGAGUGGAAUAAUUGGGUACCGAAAAAAGUGGGCAUCGUGGCAUGGAGGGCAGAGAUGGAACGACUGCCAACCAGAUGUGCUUUGGCGGCUCGGAGUAUCCCGGUGAACGACAGAACUUGUAUCAUGUGUGGAAGUUAUGACGAGUCAAGUGAACAUCUGCUUGUUUCAUGCCAGUUUGCACAAAUGGUAUGGCAAAAUAUUGCAUUAUGGUGCUCGAUUCCCCCGAUUAUAGCAUUUGAUUUAAAAGACAUGUUGACGUUACAUGAGGUGUGUACGGUUUUCGGCAAAAAAAGGAAGGUAUUACAUGCGGUUAUUUUGGUUGCAAUUUGGAGCAUUUGGAAAUCGAGGAAUGAGGCCGUGUUCCAGCAAAAAUCUCCUAACAUGACCAAGACUCUGGAUGAAAUUAAAGCGAUGGCGUACCUUUGGGUGAAGAAUCGGUCAAGAUCGAUGACAUUAACGUGGGAGGAUUGGAGCAAAUUCAAGAUCUAG